CGACUUGUAAGUAUGAUAAGUUUUCGGCCGAGUACUUGUAAUAAACAGCAAAAAUAGAGAUAUUUUAUAAGUUUCGGGAUGUAGAUCGCCUCGAGGUUCUUGCCAAUAACAGAUGCUACUGUGAUGAAUGAGCCGACCCCAUGGAUGUGAAUUGUACAGAACGCGCGCGCAUUGUGCGCUGUGUGCUGUAGUAUCAUACCAUGGUUCCCAAUCUAGUACUUUGACACAGCGCGAUCACAUUGUCCGAAGUCGAACAUGAAACAGUUCUCAUUAAGUACGUCACCUAGCUACGUGAUCCAGACAUCCCAAAGGAGAAGUGUAUAAUUAACGCACUAGCUAUAUAUGCAAUCGUGAUUUGAUUUUACAGACAAAGCAGCGCUCGGUCACGACCAUUAUCAACAUGUACUGUAUAUAAAUGGACAGAUGAGAUUAUGAGGAUUCAUCGAUCGUGGAUAUUUAUAUGCUUCACAAACGAUGCACUGACUUCGUAAUGCAUUACGCUUGUUAAGCUGUCGAAAGAGGCUUUGAAGUAGUUUUGAUGAAUAUACAGUUCAUUUUCCAUUGCCAAGUGAACAGAAAAACAAGAUGUCCGAACAACGAUUGGUUGUGUUGAUCUGUAUGGAUGGCAGUAAACACUCGGAUUACGCACUUAAAUACUACAGGGACCAUGUCCACCAGCCCAACAACAGGGUGUAUGCCGUACAUUGUGCACACUACCACAGUGAAUACUGGAACAAGUUCUCGAUGGCGCCUUCUGAUCCUGCUGUUCUCCAGACCAUGAUCGAUGAAGAUAUCGCGAGAAUCAGCAAGGUGGUAGCUCACGUCAAAGACACCAUCAGUGACCUUCAGUUGAGUGCAGAAAUCAUCAAGGUCCAUGGACAUCCGGGUCACGCGCUUGUGGAAAAAUCAAAGGAAAUCCAUGCCUCCAUGAUUGUUGUCGGGUCGCGUGGUGUUGGUACCGUUCGAAGAACAUUUCUAGGAAGCAUAUCGGAUUAUCUCAUUCAUCAUGCGCAUGUGCCGGUCCUGGUUUGUAAGCAUCCACAAGAUAUGUGACAAUUACGACUGAUAAUGGUGGUUUACUAAUGUAACUAUACAUAAUAAGUCGAUAGACAACCAGGAUGUGUCGUAGACGAAGAGUGUCAGCUGAUACGAUAUUACGUUUCUUAAAAUAUAUAUAAUAGAUAGAAAUUUACUGAUACUGUACCAAGCCUUAACUGAUAACGAAAAUCAGUACCUCAUUGUAUCGGUGUCAGGUAAUCAUCUACAACACAAACAUCAAAUUCUGUUCAGAUAACAAAAAACAAAAACAACAGAAACAAAACAAACAACAAAAAGAAGAAACAAAAAUAAUGAAAUAAAUGAAAUAUUUUUCAACAUUGUAAUGGGGACCUAUAAAUUAGCUAUCUAUCCAUGUGUUAUAAAUAAUAUGGUCAGUGUCCCACCUAUUAAACUUAUAUGUUCACUGCCCAUCACUCUGAUAUUCACCCUUAUAAUACCUGACUCGGUAAUGAAUUGUAUCAAAUUAUAUGUAUGUACUAAACUCGUUCUUGCCUUCCUCUAUCAACCUAUUGAAUGCACUUGUUAUCGACAUGCAGCAAACCGAUCUUUAAUUAUACUGACCUAAACCGAAAACCAUAAUAAUCCCGUUCCAUCUUAUUACUAUCACUACAAAAGUCCUUAAUUGGUCCAAUUGAGGAUGUGUGUACACAAUUAUUGCUUUGCCAUAAUUGUAUACACACAUUUAAAGUUUUUCCUGCUGGGGUAAUAAAACAAAUGUACCAUAAAAAUGAUCACUGCAAAAGUAGAUUCCGUCAGACUCAUCGCGUCCCAAUGCGAGUGAACUGUAUCGAAAAAUAUCGAAACAUGUUCUUAUUACUAAAUCCCCUUCCGGACUUUCUGUUUCCUUUCGAGGUUGUUAUGUUUGUUACAUAUAUAUAUAUAUAUAGUACAUUUACAAGUAAAAAAAUAUCACUUUUCUGUUUUGACCAAUCAAAAGACUUAUUACAAACGACAGUUGGGAAAAUUAAAAACUUAUAAGAUAUAUAUGUACUUAACAGAACAUCUAACAGUAUCUUCAGUGAUACUAAAUAUAUUUCACUCUUGUGGCUUAUAUUUUGAUACUUCUUACUCGUGCUGCACACUCGUGAAAAAUAUCAAAAUAUUAGCCCCACUUAUGAAAUACAUUUGGUAUUACUAGAUAUCCUCUAUAUAUCUAGCCUUAGCCAGUGCCGUCCUAAAGCAAAUUAUACAAAUAAUAAGUGGCCGAAUUAACCAAAGUACUCUGUACUUGGUUUUGAAUCUUUUACAAAUGAAUGAGUUGAAUGUAUCACUGCUACGACUUAAUAUCAAUAAAGUCAAAUUUUAUUUACCCGA